UCGUUCUCACGCUCUAACUCGAAACAAGAUGGCGUCUCGUCACUCUCUGUCUUAGUGAGAAAGUGUGUGAGCUGCAGCAGUCCUGCUCCAGCAGAGCCUCUGUGUGUCUCAUAAAGUGUCUGAAGGGACUUUGUGCUCUUCAGCUUCUCCCUGAAGGUUUUAUCUCGGACUCCUCUCCUACACAGCUCGUGAAGUUAGCUUAGCAUGCUAGCUGCAGCACAGCGCUAGUCAGAGUGGACGUUUGAUGGAGAGCAAACGGUUUCUAACGGAGUGUGUGGAGAAAAAGUCUCUGACAUUCAGUCAAAAUGUGUAAAGUUCAAAUGCUGAGAGCGUUGGUGAAGCAGCGACUAACUGCGGCUGCUGAAGAGAUAUUUGUGCUGUUUGAAAGAACGAUAGCAGAGUACGAGGAGGAACUGUGUCGUUCAAAAGAGGAGAACGAGCGACAACGGAAACUACUGGACGCUGUGCUCAAGCCUCAGCUUCGGUUACACAGAGCAGACGUGCAGCAGCUGCUGCUGGUUAAAGAAGAGUUUCCCCCUGAGCAGCAGGAGUGGAGCUCCAGUCUGGACCAGGAGGACCCAGAGCCCCCCCCACACAUUAAAGAGGAGGAACUCUGGAGCUGUCAGGAGGGAGAGCAGCUUCAAGGGCUGGAGGAGGCUGAUAUCACCAAGUUCACAUUCACUCCUCUCCCUGUGAAGAGUGAAGAUGAUGAAGAGAAACCUCAGCCCUCACAGCUUCAUCAGAGACAAACUGAACACAUGGAAACAGGAGCUGAUGGAGAGGACUGUGGAGGACCAGAAACAGCCAGGAACUCAGAUCCAGAGACACAUUUACACCCAGACACUGAGGACAAGACUGGAGACUCUUCUGACACUGAUGACAGUGAGGAUUGGAAGGAGACCAGAGAACCUCCGUCAUGUUUAAACUCUCUGGGAAAUGAAGAAGUCCCUGUCAGUGAUUCCAGAAGUAGUGCUGGAGAGAAACCAUUCAGCUGCUCUGAGUGUGGGAAAAGAUUUGGCUUGAAGGGAGAUCUGAACAGACACAUCAGGAUUCACACAGGAGAGAAACCAUUCAGCUGCUCAGUCUGCGAUAAAAGAUUUUUGCUCAAGAAACAUUUGAAUAGACAUAUUGCAACUCAUACAGGAGAUAAAUCAUUUAGCUGCUCAAUUUGUAAAAAAGGUUUUGCACAGAGAGGAAAUUUACAGACACACAUGAGAACUCACACAGGAGAGAAACCUUUCAGCUGCUCAGUGUGCGGUAAAGGAUUCUCUCUAAAAGAAACCCUAGUAUGUCACUUGAGAACCCACACAGAGGAGAAACCAUUCAGCUGCACAAUCUGUAAGAAGUCUUUUAAACUGAGAAGUACUUUACAUACACACAUGAGAAUCCACACGGGAGAGAAACCUUUCAAUUGCUCAGUUUGUGAUAAAAGAUUUUUGCUCAGGGAUCAUCUGAAGACACACAUGAAAACUCACACAGGAGAGAAACCUUUCAGCUGCUCAGUGUGCUGUAAAGGGUUUUCUCGAAAGGAAAGCCUGGUUCGUCAUUUGAGAACCCACACAGAGGAGAAACCAUCCAGACCGCAGUGAUUGAUUAAGAAAGUAAUUGUUUUCACGUAACACUUUCUCUUUGAACAUAAUGUUCUUGUCGAUGAUCUUUUCCAGUCGGUCUAAAACUCCCACACGGUCAACUUUUUCUUUCACUGUUAUUUGUAAACUAAGCCGGUUUAAGUCGUAUUUAUCUGAGCGAUCUCAGUUUGUACAUGUUAACGAUGAAUCCUCCAGGCAAGACAAAGUCAGUCAUGGAGUCCCGCAAGGUUCUGUACUUGGACCUUUUCUAUUCACCUUUAUACAUGCAACAUAUAAACAUCGGCCACUGCUGAUAAAACAGAACGAUACCAGCAGAUACAUCUUUGACUCCAUCAAAAGCGACGUUGUAAAUGAAACACAUUCAUAUAGAAAUAAAAACGUAAAAGUAUAAACAUACAUACCAAUGUUGUUGCAUUUUUUUUAUAA